AUGGCUGUGAUGGAGCCAGCUCAGAUGCCGGUGACCUUCGAGGAGGUGGCUGUGUAUUUCACGAAGGGGCAGGGAGCUCUGCUGGACGCCGGUCAGAGAGCCCUCUACAGGGACGUCAUGCAGGAGAACUACGAGACGGUGACCUCGCUGGGAUUUCCCAUUCCCAAACCUGAGCUGAUCGCCCGACUGGAACGAGGGGAAGAGCCGUGGGUGCCCAAUCUCCAGGCCUCGGAGGAAAGAGAGAUCUCGAGAGUCACCCGCUCAGACCUUGUUAAACAUCAGGCAGUCCAUACAGGAGAGAGACCCCUUAAGUGCUUAGACUGUGGAAAAAGUUUCAGAGACAGAUCAGCCCUUUUUAAACACCAGGCAAUCCACACAGGAGAGAGAACCCAUAAGUGCUUAGAUUGUGGAAAAAGUUUCAUAUGGAGGUCAGACCUUGUUAAACAUCAAGCAUUCCACACAGGUGAGAGACACCAUAAGUGUGUGGACUGUGGGAAAAGUUUCAUAAGGCGGUCAGAUCUUGUUAAACAUCAGGCAAUCCACACAGGAGAGAGACCCCAUAAGUGCUUGGACUGUGAGAAAAGUUUCAUACGUAGGUCAGACCUUGUUAAACAUCAGGCAAUCCACACAGGAGAGAGACCCCAUAAGUGCUUGGACUGUGGGAAAAGUUUCAUACAGAGGUCAGACCUUGUUAAACAUCAGGUAAUCCACACAGGAGACAGACCCCAUAAGUGCUUGGACUGUGGGAAAAGUUUCAGAAAUAUAUUGGCCCUUGUUAAACAUCAGGCAAUCCACACAGGAGAGAGCCCCCAUAAGUGCUUAGAUUGUGUAAAAAGUUUUGUAUGGAGGUCAGACCUUGUUAAACAUCAGGCAAUCCACACAGGAGAGAGACCCCAUACGUGCUUGGACUGUGGAAAGAGUUUCAUACGGAGGUCAGACCUUAUUAAACAUCAGGCAGUCCACACAGGAGAGAGACCCCAUAAGUGCUUACACUGUGGGAAAAGUUUCACACAGAGAUCAUAUCUUAUAACACAUCAGAGGAUCCACACAGGCGAGAGACCCCAUAAUUGCUUGGAUUGUCAGAAAAGUUUCACAAACAGAUCAGCCCUUGUUAGACAUCAGGCAAUCCACACAGGAGAGAGACCCCAUAAGUGCUUGGACUGUGGGAAAAGUUUCACACAGAGAUCACACCUCAUUAAACAUGGGAGAAUCCACACAGGAUCUAAACUUCUGUGA